ACAGUGAAAAAAAAUUAGAUCAAUUCUUGUUCUUCUUCUUUUAAAAUUGAAUUGUAUCGAAAUUUCCCGUAUGGUCAGUUUGUUCAUCCGUUCUCUUAUUGCAUGUUUCAAGUUUAAUUUUAACCACACUCUUGAUUUUAAAGAUCAGGAUGUUUUAAAUUUUCUUUGAAUGUUCAUUUGGGAGUGCUUCUGUUCUUAGUUAUUUUUUAGGUGAGUUCCUAUUUUGGGUUUCUAUUUGGUUUUGAUACAUCGAAGGGAUGAGUAUUGAUUCAGAAUUGAUACAUGUCAAUUAAAAAAACUUUCCAGACUACAAUUAUCUGAUCCAUGGCUAUUUUGAUCUCUUUCUAACUUUUUUUUAAUUUGAAUUUAAUUGAGUAGAUUUCUUUUUUGAGAUUUUUUGCACUAAAGUAAUUCACCUUGAAUGUUGCAAACUUUUGGUUGUGCAAGUUGGUAAGCGUUAUCUAGAUGCCAUGGCUCUUGUUCAGCAGUGUGAGAACUUUAUCGAUGCCUGUAUGCCAGUAAACUUGCCGCAAAGACAUCAACUGCACCGAUCUCAACAACCAACUUGUGCUGAUCUCACAGAAAAAUCCGAAGGCGUGGGCAGUCAAGAUGAGAAAAAAACAAAAGAUUGACUGAACUGAAGCCUUAAGAAGCACUUGCAGCCUGCUCCUGUACAAACACCUACCUAAUACUCACACCGUUUUUCAAACUUCGAAUAGAAGUGGUGUGAAGGCAAAAAAUAAUGCAUGCUCGCCCUCUCAAACAUUUUCCCAAUCUUCUUUUCUCAACUCAUGAGAGAAAACACAGUAAUGCAAAUGCCAAUAGGCAACAAUGUAUCCCUUUAUUUACUACGGAGUUUGAAACAGUUUUUGGCUUUUGAUCAUCUCGAUUUUGACUUUUUGAGCCCGUGCAAUUCUUUUUCGUUGAAAUCGGAGCCAGUUGGCUGGAGGAUUUAUCGUGACUGGAGACGGAUCUGCUUCGUCUCAUGACGGAGUGCCGAUUAUCAAUUUAGACAUUGUUCAAUAAUCAUUACUGCCUUGGAGAAGGUAGGAUAUGCAUCUUGCAGCAGGAUAGGCUCAUCAAAUGGUGUGGAGUUUCCACUGCAUUGGUGCAGUAGUAAGUGCUUACUAACUGUGCAGAUUGUUAUAUUUGACAACGUUGGCUGACACAGAUUGUCUGGAUGCGAUGAAAAAUUAGAAUGUGAAAGUAAGUUUCUGAUUAUUUACAAGUAUCAUCAUCUCUCCAUUGAUGAGAGGGAUUUGCCUCUUUUCACCAUGCGAUGUACUCAUGGAUUACCCUUCUUCACACUACCCCUUGUACUCCUCAUCUUCUCAUUUGUGCUCCGUCUCUUCCAUCCCCUUCUAUUUGUUCACUACCCUGAAAGCGCUCGGGAUCAACCCUUGUCUCGUUCUACAUUAAAACCCAAGGAUGUAGGCCACAACCACCACGAGGUUCAAAAGCGGGAAUCUUCAUCACGGAAUAAUUAUAUUGUUCGAUUCACUAAAUACUUGAAAUCUGAAUAUCAUCGGACAUAUCUGCAAGGUAACGUGAAAUUGAAUGGUUGGGAAUGGAUAGAAAGGAAGAACCCUGCGUCUCGGUUUCCAACAGAUUUUGCAGUGGUGGCAAUUGAGGAAUCAAUGAUAGAACUUUUGAUUGAUGAGUUCACAAAAUUAAAGUUUGUGAAAGACGUUUCAUUAGAUUUGAGUUAUCAAAGAGGAGUUCUUGCAAAAAAGAAUGACAGAAUUGGGGGUUUUUUUGACGGAAAGAAGAGACCAGGAAAAAUUUUCACUUCGAUGUCUUUCACCGAAGGAGAGCAAAAUGAAGGAAAGAGAAAUGUAAUAUCUAACACAAGCAAUAUGGAAAUCAGCUGGAAGAGGGAGCUAUUGAUGCAGAAGUCUCAAGUUACCUCCCUGUUUAGUGCAGAAGCACUUUGGUCAAAAGGAUACACCGGCGCUAAAGUUAAAAUGGCUAUUUUUGACACAGGCAUUCGAUCAGAUCAUCCUCAUUUUCGUAAUAUCAAGGAGCGUACAAAUUGGACCAAUGAAGAUACACUUAAUGACAAUCUAGGACAUGGGACAUUUGUAGCAGGGGUUAUUGCUGGACAAGAUUCAGAGUGUCUUGGUUUUGCCCCAGACACAGAGAUCUAUGCUUUUAGAGUAUUCACUGAUGCACAGGUAUCAUAUACUUCAUGGUUUCUUGAUGCAUUCAACUAUGCAAUUGCAACCAACAUGGAUGUGUUGAAUUUGAGCAUAGGUGGACCUGAUUAUAUGGAUCUUCCAUUUGUGGAGAAGGUUUGGGAGAUAACAGCAAAUAAUAUUAUCAUGGUUUCGGCAAUUGGGAAUGAUGGACCACUUUACGGGACACUGAACAAUCCAGCAGAUCAAAGUGAUGUUAUUGGUGUUGGUGGAAUCGAUUACAAUGAUCAUAUAGCAUCAUUCUCAUCACGUGGCAUGAGUACAUGGGAGAUUCCUCAUGGGUAGUGUAUUCAUGUUCUGUUUUCCAUUGAUGUUUUUUCAUAUUUGGAGUUACAUUACGUGAGUUAUAACACUCCAAAAAAUUACUUUGUGGUAUUUGUGUUUCUUUCAUCAGUAAUUUUGCAUAAAAAACCCCUCCAUUAAGGAUAUGAUUAGGGUGAAUGAAAGAGGAAAGUGAGCUAUAAGGUCGGUUUAUUACUACUUUUGUUUGCUUUGCAGUUAUGGCCGCAUGAAACCUGAUAUUGUUGCUUAUGGACGUGAUAUUAUGGGAUCCAAGAUCAGCACAGGUUGCAAAAGCUUGUCUGGUACUAGUGUUGCGAGUCCUGUGGUGGCUGGAAUUGUAUGCCUUCUUGUCAGUGUCAUUCCUGAAAGCAAGCGGAAGAACAUGUUAAAUCCAGCGAGUGUGAAACAGUCACUGGUUGAGGGAGCUGCAAAGCUUCUCGGCCCUAACAUGUAUGAGCAGGGUGCAGGCAGGGUCAAUUUAUUGGAGUCUUUUGAGAUUCUAAAAAACUAUGAACCUCGAGCAAGCAUCUUUCCCAGUGUUCUUGAUUACAGAGAUUGUCCUUAUUCUUGGCCAUUUUGCUUCCAACCACUCUAUGCUGGUGCCAUGCCAGUUAUUUUUAAUGCUACCAUUUUAAAUGGAAUGGGUGUUCUUGGUUAUGUUGAAAGCCCACCGACAUGGAAUCCCUCGGAUGAGGAGGGCAAUCUUCUUAGUAUACACUUCACCUAUUCUGGUGUUAUUUGGCCAUGGACGGGAUAUCUGGCUCUUCACAUGCAAAUUAAGGAAGAGGGAGCUAAAUUUUCGGGGGAUAUUGAAGGAAAUGUUACUGUUAAGGUAUAUAGCCCUCCUGCUCCAGGGGAAAAAUCUCGCCGAAGUACAUGUAUCCUUAUGUUAAGAGUGAAAGUGGUUCCUACCCCACCAAGAGAAGCUCGGGUUUUAUGGGAUCAGUUUCAUAGUAUCAAGUACCCUCCUGGCUAUAUACCAAGAGACUCUUUGGAUGUUAGGAACGACAUCCUUGACUGGCAUGGAGAUCAUCUUCAUACAAACUUCCAUAUUAUGUUUGACAUGCUAAGGGAUGGGGGGUAUUAUGUUGAAACACUUGGAUCCCCUCUUACAUGCUUUGAUGCACGACACUACGGGACUCUUCUCCUUGUGGAUCUUGAGGAUGAGUACUUUGGUGAAGAGAUCAAGAAGCUCAGGGAUGAUGUCAUCAACACUGGAUUAAGUGUGGUUGUAUUUGCUGAUUGGUAUAAUGUGGAUACAAUGGUGAAGAUGAGAUUCUUUGAUGAUAAUACACGGAGUUGGUGGACCCCUAUAACUGGAGGUGCAAAUGUGCCUGCUUUGAAUGAUCUUUUGGCUCCAUUUGGGAUUGCAUUUGGAGAUAAAAUUCUUAAUGGUGAUUUUGUCAUUGAUGGUGAGCAGAGUCGAUAUGCAUCUGGAACUGACAUUGUCAAGUUUCCUAGAGGUGGAUAUCUACACAGCUUCCCUUUCCUCGAUAGUUCAGAAAGUGGGGCAACUCAGAACGUUCUGUUAUCUGGCACGACCAAGGCAAACACUCCAAUUCUUGGUCUUGUGGAGGCUGGUAAGGGCCGUAUUGCAGCAUAUGGGGACUCAAACUGUUUAGAUAGCAGUCAUAUGGUUACCAAUUGUUAUGGGCUUUUGAAGAAAAUACUAGACUUUGCCGGCAGGGGUGUUAAAGAUCCCAUACUUUUCUCUGAUUCUGUAAGAUUAGAUAAACCAUUAUAUAUAGACGAGAAGCAAUUACCCUCCAGACGAACAGAUGUGAAUUUCUCUACCUAUUCUGCUGUUGUUGGAAAGGAAUUGAUUUGUGGGCAUGACUCUAGGGUUGAAGUGUGGGGAACUAAGGGUUACAAUUUACAUGUUAGAGGAAGAAACCAAAUAUUGCCAGGGCACACAGUUAUUGAUAUGGGUACUGGUUUAAAUUCUACCUCAGAGAGCUCUUGGAUGAAAAUGUCCAACAUGACUAAAAAGAAGGGUGGUUACUCACCAAGAACCAAGGACCCCAAUGGAGAUGAUCAAGAUUUGCAGGUGCCUUUAGCUACCCAUUGGUUUUUGCCUGCGGGUGUUGCAAUUAUUGGGGUGCUGCUACUCUUAAGCCUCUGGCGCGUUCGACAGAAGCGAGGCAAGCGGAGGAAAUCGUCUGGUUCAGGACGCUUUUCUAACAAUGUAUAGAAAUUAAAUGCUCGUAAUUUUUACACUAAUCCGCCGCUCGUAUUGUUUUUCUUAGAGCAUUGUUGUUAUGACACAUAUCAAAGAUUUUUUUUAUUUUAUUGUCACCCUAUGAGAGAGACGACACGCCCACAUUGGG